CCACGCCUCGCUUCCACCUCGAUUACAGAGCUAAUAAAUGAUGGACAACAAAAAUACCUAAAUUCCUGUUUUACCCUUACGGUGUUGCCCUAAAUUACCACACCAGUUCACGGCCGCGCCGCUCUAUAUGGCCGCAAACUGUUGCCCCCGCCUCUCCCUGCUCUCUCCCCUUGCUUGCUUCUCUUGUCUCUUUCUCUCUCUCCGUCUCUCUGGUUUCUCCUAUGGCAGAGUUUGCGCCGAACCUGGACGACGGCGAGAUGUGGCUGCCGUCGGAGAUAAUCGCCGACCUCGGCCUCCGCCGCUUGCACCAUUCCAACGCCGCCACCGCCGCCCGAGUCCGCGGCGCAUACCACCACACCUUCGACGUCGAGGGCCUCGCGAGCCAGCUCGCGGCACUUAGCCCGCUCGACCGCGUCCAGCGCCUCCCCGCCGCUAAGCUGCCGCCCGUUCUCUCGCCUCAUUACGAGGGGUUGAAGCCUGUCGGACCGGCGGCCCGGUUCGAACUGGAGGAAAGGGAGUUGGGGACCGGGUUGGGCCGCCCCGUCUAUGGCAUGGGGUUCGGAGCCUGUUCCCGGCCGGGGGUGACCCGGCCUGGCCCGACGCAGAUAGCUCAGGCGCAGGCAUGUGGACCGGAAACGGUGGAGGCAUUUGGUCGGGCUCCGCAGAGGCCACUGCGGCCGAUCCAGAGCCGGCUCGGCACUGUUCGACCGGCUGGUCAAGGAAGAGAAAGCGGAGGAGGGACCGGUGUGUUCCUCCCGCGGGUGAUCAACAACAACGAAGCGAGGAAGAAGCAUCACAACGCGACGGGAGGAGAGCAACAGAAGCAGCAGCCAACGAGAAGCACGGCGAUGUGGAAGCUGGAGAGGCCAUUUCAGCCGACCUCCGAGAUGCGCCUUCCCCAGGAAUGGACUUACUGAGACCAAGGAACCUCCCACCUCCUUCCUCCACCGGAGGACGUUGUUGCAGUGGUGGUAGAACUGGAAACAGAUGGAACUACAAUAAAAGUUCGAGGACGAUGUUAC